AUGGCUUUCAGGACUCAAUAUGGACAUUACAAGUUCUUAGUAAUGUCAUUUGGAUUGACAAAUGCACCAGCUGUGUUCAUGGACCUUAUGAACCAAGUAUUUAAGGAUUACUUGGAUAAGUUUGUGGCGGUAUUCAUUGACGACAUGCUAAUCUACUUAAUGACAGACGCCGAACAUGAAGGGCACCUGCAACUGACGUUAGAAAGGCUCAAGAAACACCAAUUAUUUGCCAAGUUUAAGAGAUGCGAAUUCUGGCAAGAGAAGGUUGCAUUUUUAGGACACAUCGUAUCCAAAAAUGGUGUAGAAGUAGACCCAACCAAGAUAGAAGCUGUGAAAUACUGGCCCAAGCCUAAGAGCGCCACCGACGUAAGAAGUUUUCUGGGCUUAGUCGGAUACUACAAACGAUUUGUUGAAGGAUUCUCCAAAAUAGCUACGCCCUUAACAAAUUUGACAAGGAAGCAACAUAAAUUUGUAUGGACGAAGAAGUGCGAAAAAAGCUUCCAAACGCUAAAGGACAAGCUCAUAAUAGCCUCAGUUCUAUGCAUCCCAAAUGACAAGGGAAAGUAUGUAGUGCAUUGCGACGCGUCAAAACAAGGACUUGGAUGCGUUUUGAUGCAAGACGGAAAGGUGGUCGCAUACGCCUCGAGAUAG